AUGGCAUCCGCAACUGUUCUGUCCAAGCUCCCCGAGCCUGUGCGUGAUCUCGUCGCGAACGCCGCUGUCGACGGUAGCAGUGACUUUGGCAAGUCCGAGAAGGACAAGGCGGAGGUAACGGAGUGGAUCGAGAAGAUCGCGCAGGGCGAGGUUGCGAAGCCGCAGAAUCUGAAGGAUUUGGACGGCCAGCUGACGCCCCGGACGUACCUAGUCAGCAACUACUACACCGCCGCCGAUGCUACACUGUAUGGCGUUCUCCACCCUGUUUUCUCUCAGCUGCAAGCCCCGCAAUACUACUCGUACCCAGCCCUCACACGCUACUUCGACCACAUCCAAAACCGCCCGCAAGUGCGGAAAGCAGCAUCAUCGCUCGCGCCUGCAUUCUCUCUCGUGUCCUUCGACCUCGAAAACGCGCCAAAACCGGAACGCAAGGCCGAUCCACCGAAGCAGAAGAAGGAGAAGGUCGCCGCUCCCGCUGACGCCUCGUCUGCACCUGCGGCCAAGAGCAAAAAGGGCAAAGAGGUGGCGUCGGCGGAUACAAAGCCUGCCGACGCUCCUGCCGGGGAGGCUAAGGCGCCGAAGAAAGAGAAGAAGGAGAAAGAGAAGAAGCCGGCUGAGGCUGCUGAAGGUGGCAAGAAGAAGGAGAAGGCCGCAGGCGGUGGCGGAAAGGCUGCUGCUGAAGAGGCAGGGGAACCAGUUCCGUCUAUGAUUGAUCUUCGUGUCGGUCAUAUCGUCGACAUCAAGAAGCACCCUGAUGCAGAUGGCCUCUAUGUCGAGCAAAUCGACUUCGGCGAGCCUGAUGGUCCCCGCACUGUGGUCUCGGGUCUUGUGCAUUACAUUCCUAUCGAAGAGAUGCGAGACAAGUACCUUGUUGGCGUGUGCAAUCUGAAGCCAGCGAACAUGCGUGGCGUCAAGAGUUUUGCGAUGGUGCUCUGUGCUACAUCAAAAGACGGCAAGGAAGGCGGCAUUGAACUCAUUCAACCCCCACCUAAUUCGAAGCCUGGUGAUCGCGUCUACUUUGAGGGACCCGAGUUCGAGAAUGCGACACCUCUACCGCAGCUGAACCCCAAGAAAAAGAUCUUCGAGACCGUCCAACCUGGCUUCACCACGCUUGAGUCGAAGGAGGCUUCUUGGGUGGACCCGGUUACGAAGAGCGUCCAUCGUAUCCGGACGAAGGAUGGUAUCUGUGUCGCACCUACGCUAGUUGGAGCAUCCUUGUCAUAG